GUCCGUUCAUUGCUGCGUCCACUGUCCGACCGUGCCGGUACAACGUACAUCCGCGCACACCAACGGCCCCCUUCGUACAACGUAUCCGCCACACCGAGGUUCACGACGACCCACACGACCAUUAUGCACAAGUACGCGGUGCUGUCGUUGUUGGCCACGGUCGCUAUUGUAGCGGCGCAAAAUCCCGACGAAGGUUCGCCGCUCGUCGCCAGGAACGCGGUUGGCAGCCCCGCAAAGGCCGCAGCGGCCGACGACCUGACGUGGGCCGAAGUGAUCGAAUGCUACAAGAAGCCGCGUGCCGCCAUCGGGUGUCUGCAGUCCCGGAUGGACCGAGCCCUGGUGUCGUUGCGCGACUCGACCGUUAACAUGGCCCGCAGCGACCCGGACACCCAGCCCGAAGACGUCACCGGCGUCGGCGAGCUGGUCCAACAGAUCGGCGAGUUCAUCUCGUACGGCAUAUCCACGUACUUCAACGGCGAAGAGGACGAGGCCAACGGGACCGCCGGGACCGCCGGAGUCGCAGCCGACGGGUCGAUGGACGUAAACGAAGGUGAGUUAUUUCAGUUUUGUUUUUGACGAUCUUCGGGCGAUGUACCGCGGACAUAAUAAUAAUAAUAAUAAUAACAAUAAUAAUAGUCUCUUGUCCGUAAAACUCAAACUUCCGUAGUACAACUGUUCCGAAUUUCCUAUACGCGUCAAUUAUUUCGAACUUCCCGUCUACCUCCGCACACAUUCGAUCGACUCGUAUCGAAACCAACCCCCGGGGGGAGGGGGACGGGGGUAUACCGUGAGCCCCGGACGACAUUUUUACCGUAUACCGCGCGUCAACACGUUCCAAAAGUGACCGAGCGGUUCGUUCGGUUUUCAUUCUAAUCGGGGAUGUUAAAGGACAACUCGUUUGAGUGAUACCAUUGCCACAAGGCGUCGCUCGGUGGUUUUUUUUUUUUUCAUACACGUAUGACCGCGAUGAAUCGAGGCAUUUAAACAGGGUUUUUCGCGUGGUUUCUGUACGCGCGGUCACUUUUGCCACGGCGACGAUAUAAUAUUUUCCGACACCGAGUCAGUUCGCAAACGCCCGCGUUUAUAAUGUUUCUCGCGACGAACGUCAUUGUAAACGUAAUGUGUCCGACGGGUGGGAGGUGUAGUUUUUCGGAGCGACGGGUGACUAAACGCACACGCGCACGGUGUAUAAUUUGUUGGCCAGUUUGUACACGGUUAUUUUAGGCACAAACUGGGCAUAAACUGGGCACACGGCAAUAAUAAUAAUUAUUGAGUAAAUAAUAUUACGGGAAACGUGCGAUCACGACGAGCGGCAGCUAGAGAGUCGCCGGGCAACAAUGAUUUAAAUAGUUAUAAAACAUAAAAUUCGAUAACCUCCCCGGUCGAAACCACACACACUGUGUUUUUUUUCUUUUUUUUUUUCUUAUUUACUGAUAUUUCGUUUAAGGCUUUCCGUAUAUUUGUGUACAAACUAAAGUACGAGUCAUAAGUUUACGAACGGUUCGACUAUAACUUUAUUGCGAUCAGUUCGAGAAUUCCGGGGGCGGGCGCUGACGAGUGAAAAAUGUCAAAGAGUCAAAUUGAUAUUGUUUUAAUCUUUGAUGACUUAUUGUAUUUUUUUCUUUUUGCCAUCAACUUGUAAUAAUAUUUACGAGUCGGUUAUGUAUAUCGCGUUAAGCCGUAAAUCUCGAUUUUUGAUUUUUUUUUUUUUUUCAACGACAUAAACUUGUUGAACUAUUUGAAUAUAUUUGGUACAAAUGAACCAUGUUCGUUUUCCACUCAGUAACGUGUGCGGGGAUCCGGCAGUUUCGAAAAGAUACAAUUUGCAUUCAUUUUUCCAGCACGUGUUCCGAAACUACGAAAGUCCUCGUUUCUUUUUCCUAUUUUACAGAAAAAACUGUUUUGUAAUUUUUAAUGUCGAUAUUGUAUUAUACUAUCAUCGUGUACGACGACGUAAUAACCAUAAUUAAAUCGACCCGCCUCGAGUAUCGACAAUGAUGGAUUUUUUGAAUCGACAAUUUAAAGGUCGGAUCCAAAUAGGUUUAUAUAGGUUACGAGUGAACAAAAUACUUCGUUCACGCGGUAUGAUAUUAUAUUUUAUAUCAACCGGACUUAAAACCGUACGGACCAUAACGCAAUAAUCAUCGUGCCCGCGUCCUGCCAAACACGCAUCGUUAUGACAUCAAAUGUGUACAAAAUACGUACAUACGAAUGGCCAAAGUUUAAAAACACGACUCGAUAUAAAAAAAAAAAAAAAAAAAAACUAAACCCCUCCGAUUUUAAACGCCGCCGGGACCGAUGAUUUUCGAAAAAAUCUACCGGAAAUAAAAACAAAACGAAAAUCCGCCCAAAACCGUUUAUACACGCGCGCGGUUUGUCGUUUUUGCCGCACAUUACUAUUAUUAUCGUUACGGAUAGUCCGGCGUGGCCCCGUAACACUGAAACCUAACCCGUAAUACCUACGCGCGCCGGGACACCAAAACAACACCGAGUGGCCGCCGUAUUAUCAUUGUUAUUACCGGUAAUGCCGCCGACACUCGUGCCCGGUCGCAACACUAUCACAAACGGGUACUUGCUCGCGGUAUAGGUACUUAACACCGCGGUAUACGCGGUCACGUUCGUACGCCGUCAUUAAUUACACGGAGACUCGCAAAACCGGUCGGCGAGCCACUCGGCACAUAAUAUUAUCGUCCGCACGCCGGACAAACGUCAUUGUCGCCGAACCGAGAGAUUUGACGGUCAACCGCCGUCGAAUUAUUAUUAUUUUUUUUUUUUUUUUAUUUUUCACCCCGUAACCCGUAACGGUAAUGUUGUUACGGUACGGUAUCGCGCGGGGCCCGGUCAACCGGAAGGCUGCGGGUUAAGGGCGCCGAUCGGCCCCGUAUUGAACGGGGCGGGGGGGGGGGGGAGGGUGGAAAAAGGGGCGCCAUGAUUUUCGAUUUCGUUUCGAUCGGUUCCCUUCGCAAAACCGCGUAGCUCUCUCUCCGCGUGCAUUUAGCGCGAGUCCGUGUUAUAAUACGCGUAUCCGGUCGUCUUUGUUUUUUAUUAUUAUUUUAGGGCGCGCGAGAAUUUAUAGGGAUGGACGGUAAUUAUUACACGAUGAGCAAAAGAGGCGAAAAAAAAAAAAUAACAAACGCAUAAUCGGUCGGUGUUCAUACACGUGCAUUGAAUUGAAAUCGACAGCCGCACUCGAUCGUGCAUUCGGUUUAUCGCGGUGCACGGUGUACGGUUCGGUAUUGAAUCGGUUGUCGCGCCCGCGUACACGAAUCGCGUCCGCCAGCCCAACCGAUCAUAUUUAAUCUACAAGUGAUGCGCGUGUGGCUCGCCGUGUCUCGUCCGGGUGUGUGUUGACGCGUCACUCCGCGGUAAUGUUGUACACCGAGUUUGGCGCGUGGUCUCGCGAGCGUUUCGGAUCGGACGGGUUGGACGUUUAGCGCCCGUAAAUAAUGUUCGGUUUCCGUUACACUAGAAACACCGGAAAUCGGUACGGAAUGUUUCUCCUGCCCUCGCCCGUCAAACGCGUAUUAACACAAUAACGUAAUCCGAACCGACGAAAUUAUUCGCACGGUGUUUUUACAAACGUUUACCGCCGUUGUCGCGGACCGGUUUCCCGAGUACCCGAUUUACGUUUUCGACCGUACAGGCGAUACGCGGUUUUUUUUACCGGGCGGCGGAUCAUCCGUCCGCGGUCCGGAUCGCCGUGGAUUUUCGAAGGGUUAAAAGGGAAAACGAUAGAAAAGAAAAAAAAAAACGAUUUUCCGUCCCAUUCGCCCGGACCUAAUCUAUACGCGUUACGGUCGCUCGCGAUAAAACGACAUUCGACAUUUUCCGCAUUUUUAUCGUCACCUACUUUUCGCCCCGAACCCGAAACCCCGCUACCCCCGACCAAACGAAAAACAACAAUAUAACUGCGACCUAAACUAGAAAUCGAAUAAUAUUAUAUUAUUAUUGUUGUUGUUAUUAUAGGUAACGAAUAACACAAACAGACGCGCACGUGUGAUUUUUUUUUUUUUUACGAGUAAUAUUAUACGCGCUCCUCGCACAUCACAUCGAAAACGGAGAAUAGUCGUAGAAAUAUUUCGAUACGUCGACGCCUAUAUACUGUGACGACGUGUGUGUGUGUGUGUGGGAGUGACAACGUCAUGAUAGUAUAAUAAUAUUGACGGGAACGCGAUCGAAUAAUAAUAAUGAACAACACGACGUAUGUGUGUGGAUGACAAAAGGAUUUUUCAAAUUGACUCGUGUUUAUUGUCAAUGACAAUAACUGCGUAUACAUAUACGAUACACUCGUCCCAAACGCAAUUACUUAUAAUAAUAUACGCGACCGAUCCGAGAUUUCUAUUUUUUUUUUUUCCGUUCGUUUGUUUGCUAGGAUAUUAUUAUGGUGCGAUAAUUUCGCCAGCGGUGGGUUUUAUUGAAAUGCGCAUGUUGUGUUGUGUUGUGUUUUUUUUUUUUUUUUUUUUUCCCAAAGUGAAAACGCUACAGAGGUAUAUGAUUCACGAUUCGUACGACGCACGAUUAUACAGCCACAAGAAAAUAUUAUGAUUAUUAGUCUGUGUUUUAAAUUAUCAUCGCCUCCGUCCCCGGGUGAUAAUCGUACGCGUAUGUGUUGCGUCCGCGCUUUUUGUUAUUAUUAUUAUUAUACACCUACCUCGGUCGUGAAGGCGACGACGCGUCGUUCCCGGGACUUUCUAAGCUUCGGUUUUUUUUUUUUUUUAUCUUAUUUGUUUUUUUCCGUCUCUCACUCUCUCUCUCUCUCACUCUCUCUCUCUCUCUCUCUCUCUCUGUUUCUGUCUGUCUGUUUCGCGUCUCCGAUGCACGCGCCCGCCGACGAAUCGUCGCAAAUCCGACGAUCCGAAUAAACUAUUAUUAUUCUCGUCGUCGAGUUUGCCGAUAACGGUUUCCGUCGGCGUCCCCGAGCGAACGGACGACGGCAGGCAUGACGUUUAGGGGAGGGAUUUAAUACCUAUGAAUAAUAAUGCCUUUCAGAAAUCUGUGUAGAAGUUCAAAAUGUUCAUAAAUCAUAGUCGCUAAUCCUAAUGUAGAUGGUUGUGUCUAUCGCAUUAAACGGUCAGUGGUCGCAUUAGUUAAAAGUAUAAUUUUUGGACCAAAAGGAUAUUAUGCCCACCACCUUAUCCCUAGAAGCCGAAUUGAAUCCGCCGCUGGACGACGGUUUACACGCCCGGUUUUAAUUUUGGACGUACAAUAAUAACACGAAGCGUAAAAAACUGCCGUAAUUCAGCGGACGAGGUUGCAUCGCGUACCCUUAGCCGAGGAAAGCCGCGUUGUCAAUACCCGACGACGACGUUCGGGUGUGAAUAUUUCAUUCGACUGUAACGGGUCGCGGUCGGGUUUCUGUCGUUUUAUUGGGGCGGUCGAAAGAAAGGACGUGUACAAUAUGCAUAGAGAGUGGAUAAUUUAUAACUUAGGCAGUGCGCGAUUAUUAACCGUCGCCAACGAAAAAUGAUUCUGAACGGAGUGUUAUGAGUCGUGCUUGUUCCCUUAUCACCGACCGCCGACCAUACUUCAAUCAAAUUCGUACGAAAAAGUUUUUCCCGUUUCUAUUAGAAAACUACUGCGGAAAUCGAAAAAUUACCUACACUCGACGCACCGACACACCAUUUUAAAAACGAUACCCGGUUUCGGUGAUUUCCGGUGUAAACGUUGUUUACAGUCACACGGAUUUAAGAAUACCUAACCGUAGUAAAACCAAUACGGUGCUCGGUUAUUCAGAAUCUUGCAAUGCGCACAAAUCGCCGAAGAUUAUAAUAACGUAUUAUAACCGAGAUGUCCGUAUUCCGCGGAGAAAGUCCGUCUAUAUCGUGUGCGGGGAGCGGGGUGGUACACGUUUCGGAAAUGACGAAUCCGGAAGAAAAUAAAUUAAAAUACAUACGUAAUAGGUCGGCGUGUGACCUAAGUCGACCUCGUGAACUCCUCGACAUUUUAUUUUUUUUUACGUUUCUGAUUUCUUCGCGGUUUCGUCGAGUCGCGUUGAGUAUCAUUAUGAUUUUCGUAGACGCAUACGCAUUUAAUAACUGUUAUUGGCUGGUUUAUUUACGAAAUACUUUAUCGCCAAACCAGUUUUCCCGAAGUGUUACGACAGAGGACAAAAUUAAUGUAAACGUCCGUAGUGUACCCACUAAACAUAGAUUAUAAUACAUAUAUAAAGAAUCUGUUAUAAUAAGAGAGGACGCGUGCAUAGUAUUAUGAGCGGGUAAACAGUUAAACCAGUUUAUUCAAAUCCGCGACGAAAAUAUUUAAGAUAAAUUCCAUAUUUAUUAGUAGGGCACGGAUUUAAAUGCACUUAAAAUCAACAAAAAAGCGUUUAGAAACGUCAAAAAAGCUCUACAAAUUACUUAAAAUAUAUUUAAAAGAGCAAUAAAGGUAAAGUUUCACCUUCUAUGGUUUCUAACUUAUUAGAAAUCAUUUUUUAACACUAAAAAAGUGUGCUUUGUGUUAAUCAUUUGUCAGCGUUAGAAAAAUAUAUUUAAUUGGGUAAGAAUCGUCAGAGUGGGUACCUUAAAACUCGUCUACCACUUUUGUUUUUUAAAAUAUUUUUAAGUGCUUUUUUGACGAUCUAAGCACUUUUUUACGAAUUUUAAGUGUAUUUAAAUCCGUGUCCUACUUAUUAGUUAUUAUUAUUAUGAGCGAAAUAUCUGCUAAAUAUUAUUUUAUAUUCACGUGUGAAAACCGUGAAGAGGAGUAGGGGAAUUUGAUUAAAAAUAAUAACUGCCGAUUAUAAUAUCAUCAUUUAAAUAGAAUUAUACGUCUUCUAUAGCCGUGGAGUAAAUGGCAGUUUGGAAGUUAAAAUAUAAUGAUAAUACGUCAGAAUGAUAAAAACACAGUGUUUCGAUUGGUUGCCUUCGAGACAGAAGGAAGAAAGGUUUAAUCUUUCCUAAUAUACCACUGUUUCUAUCCGUUUGCUAAGUUUCCCGUGUCCUCGGAUAAGGUGUGCUCCGUCCCAUCUAUGGUUUAACUUUGGUACCGGGGAAGAAGCGUUUAAGUCAAUUGUGUAAAGGAGAAAAAUCACACAAGAAAAAAGCGUGAAAAGAAAAAGCCGGAAACUGGCUUCUUCAGCGGGUCCAAAGAUCUACGUCUACGGUUACUAUAUGUAGGUGUGAGCUGCACCAGAGUGCUAAAAACUGCAGUAUGAAUACGUGACGUAACGAGAUUUUAUCGACGAUUAUAAUUAUACACAUAAUAAAAAAACACAAUAUUACUAAAUAGAUUGGUAUACCGAGGUAUAAUGUCCGGCCAGGGCGAUGACGAUGUAUUAUCAUGCACCACGCGAACCGGAUAUUUGUCUUAACCAUUAUAAUUACACGGUGGAACAAAUAUUAUACCGUAGGUACCGAACCGGAACGGCCUCGGCGGUGUUUAUAUCGCGGGUAUGUUAUUACCACAUAUUAUUAUCGGGCAGGUUACAUUAUAUCCUAUAAUACCUAUUAUACGAACACUGACCUAUCCAAACGAAAUCCCCUUAGACCGCAGGUUUCCAACGCAGUCUCGUUAUCCUCACUUCGCUGUACUCGAUCUAACCUACAGUUUCAAACGAGAAAAAUGGACACUUGGGUAUUCGAUCCGUUACUCGGCUAAAGUGUUUAGCGUAAAGUUUCCACCCGCAGUCGAGAAAUCGAUUUUUCGCCAUAAAUAUUAGAUGAAAGGGGGAAUAGUAAGGAAGUGUCCUCGAUUAUUAAACUUUUACAGACCGCAUUUAAAAUCCACCUCCUUUUCUUUAACGCCAUUUUCGAAAUUAUUUAUUUUGUAUUUUAGUACAAUAUAAUUUUUUAUAACAUUGAAAUUUUAACCGGUUUAAUGAAAAUGUAAAAAAAAAAAACGCUAAGCCCGCACACUGCAGUGGCGAAAAAUUUCGACCAGAUUUUUAAUUUGACGACCUUUGUUAUUCUUAUACUUGUUAAUCCUAACCACCAGAGUAAAACGCGCGUUCUUUUCGUUUAGUUGAAAAAAAAAAAUAAAAACAAAAACAUAUUUCCGAGCGAAUCUGAUUAUAAUAAUUUAAUUGUAUUCAUAAAAUAAUAAUUGCUCUAGUGCUCAUUAAUCGUGUCCGCGCGAUAUGAAUUUCUAAUGAAAUACGUAUCCCUCGAUUGCACUUUACGCUUUUUAAUCCAGUACUCAUAUUAUAAAACGCGUCAAUUACUUAGACCGUAAAAUUUAAACUUAAACAUUGUUUGGAAAUUUUUGUAUUCUGACUUUUUAAAUUUCACGGUACAUAAAUGUAAUAAACGGAAUUAACGAAUCGUUGAACGUUUUUUUCAUAAUUAGUUUUGAUUUCAAUGUGAAUAACCAUCCACAUCGAAUAAUAUACGUAAAUAUUAAACAGUGACACAGAAAAGCAUUUUUUUCUCUUUUAGUAGGUCGCUCGGUCGAAAUAUCACGUCCAAAUGUUCGAUUUGUUUUCGUCCUCUUUAACCCCGCUCCUCCCUCAAAAAAAAAAUUGCUUUUUGAUGAGUAAUAAAUGUCCAAAUGGUUUCUCUUUAACCUCUUAAACGCUGUUCGACAGUUUUGCUUUCUCUAAUUAGUCCGUAAUCACCGGCUUAUAGAUCUGUAAUAUUUUCCGUAACUCCAAAAAAAAAGAUUUUUCAAUGUUUACAUGAUGUUCAAUUGAAAUAAGCGAUAGCGCGCCAUCGUUUAAAAGCACGCUGUUUGUGGGGGGGGAAAAUGUAUUAUCUCACGAAACUGCUAAUAAAAAUACAAAAAAAAUCGUCGAAAUCAUCUCCGUUAUAAAAAAAUAUUGUUAUUUUGGAAAUGGGACUUUUUCAUCGCAAAAGUUUUUUCUCUCCCGAACAGUGUCGCCUUUAUGGAGCUACGACAAUGAUAAUGAUUGGGAAUUAAGCCGACAGUAUAGCGGAACGUUUAAAAUACACACAUCCGCGAGAAAUGAAAUAUUAUCUCCGUACGUGUCAAUCGUGUGAAUAAUCAGUGGCGUAUCCAGAGCAGAGAGUUUUGGAUGUUGUAAACCCCCUCUAUUGCUUUUUUAUUUUAUCUAUGAGUAAGUUUAAAUCCCCAUUGAUAAAUUCUAGAUACGACACUGUGUAUAUAUAUUGUAUUAUUGUUUCUCAAUCUUGCCGGCGAUUAUUUUCAUUUUUUUUAUCGGUUUUCUAAUGUUAUACUCUCGUUACAAUAUCUCGUGUUCUAGUAAAGUCGUAGAUUAAACGUGUUUUUUUAUUUAUUUUUUUUUAUACGUGGUGCGGAAAACACCGGUGGAGGCAAACGAUUAUUAUAACAUACACGCUCGUUCCCCCCCCCCGCCACUCAACCGUUAAUAAUAAUAAUAAUAUUAUUAUUUUUUACCGGUUAUCCGGUUAUACGAGAGAUUUUUCCGUAAUAACUGCCCUCCCUCCGCCUCCCCUAGAAUCAUUUGUAUCUAAUCGAAGGAAAAAAAAACCAAGACUUGUAAUUAGCAGGUACACACGCGGUGAAAGUAUAAGACUCGCGCUACACCACCGAAGAUGAUAUUUUCACUAGCGUAAUUUACACGGACAAACUCGAACUCCGUUUUCGUACGAUAUUUAUAUUUUUUUCUCCGGUCCCGUACCGCAGUACAUAGGCUGUGGCGAGUCUGAAGUUCGUUUAAGGGACGGUAUGGGGGGGGAGCGAACCACUAAUAUAAGUAAUACAAGCCGUCGUUAUAUAGGAUGCGUAGACAUGCUUGUAUAUUAUAUGUUUUUUUUGUUCGAUUUUUAAUUUUCUUCAAUAAAGACUUGUAAAUAUCCUAUUAUUAUUUUAUUUUUUUCAUCGGUCAUUUGAAAUCUUUUUUAAUUUAAAAUUCAGCAGCCCACCCUUUAUCUUUCUUUUAAUCUCAAUUACAGAGUUUUCAAUGGGGGGGGGAGUUGUUUAAAAAGCGUUUGCACUAUAGAAGGAGGUGAUAACUUUAAAAUAAGGUUGAUAAACACAGAUUCAUACUUUCUCAGAACUCUGGUAUAUAAUCCAAUUGACGAUAUUUUUUUAAAAAAAAGUCCAAGGGGUAACGAUCACCACAAACGACUGAUAACUAGUAUAGAUACAUGAAAAAUGUAUAAUAUAUUAACGACACUAUUUGAUGUACGAGGUCGAUUGUGAAAACAUUUACUACGUAAAGUCUUUACUUUUGUUAUUCGAUUUAUUGAAAACAUGAGUAUAAUAUUUUUCUGAGGGGGAAAAAAAUAUAAUGAAAAAAUCUCAUUUUAAUCGAUCCUAUGUACCUACUCCGGUCUUUAUAAACUACCUACAACAAACGUCACGAUCGGAAUAGAAAUCCUUUGGUUUGUUCGCGCGCACGGCCGCAGAAAUAAUCGCCGGAUUCCUCGGCGAUUUCGUGAUUUUUUUUUUAUUUCAUUACAUUUUCGUCAUCCGGUUCUUCCGAACGUCUAUCCGGGUUUUUUUUUUUUAUUACAUUCGUAUACAACGACUAUAAUCGCGGACGGUAGGCAGGUUCUUAUAAGUUCACUGUCAAGGAUACGGGAUAUCAUUUCCAUAAAUACGCCACACACGCAAACGUAUUAUUUUCGUUAUUCCGUACCUAACAGUCAGGUUGGGUUUUAUAUGUAGGUCGACUAGUUUUUUUUUUUUUUUUUAAGACGACUUCAACUUUAACAACCGCGAUGCGUCUAUAUACAUAUAGCUCGCGAAACCGGUUGUGUAAAUUAUUUAUAUUAAGAUUAGUCAAGAUAGAUCGACCGACAAUAAAUUAACGAAAAUCUAGGCCACGUGUCGAAAAAGUACUAUUUAUGACCGGUUAAGUGUGGAAAAUAAUAAAUAAAUAAAAAACAACCGUUUUUCGAUCAACGACCCACCGGAAUCGGCGGCCUUCCGACAAGACGACGUAAGUCUGUCGUAGCAAGUUUCCGUUUUCUCGGCAUUCCGACAGAUACGACCCGUUUUGUUUCCCCUCUAGCGCAAUAUCGCGACGUGCUUUCGAAUAUCAAUAAAAAUGUUCACCGAGCUCGUUAAAUCCGAUAUUAUAUAUUAAAUUAUACGGCCAUGUCGAACAACAGUAUUGCAUUUCCCGCCGUCAAGCCCCGCGACACGAAUAGCAUUUUAUAGACAAUAUUCUUUGACCGCCCGCGAGCCACUGCAGUGGCACAUUAUUUUAGAUUUUAUUUGAGAAAUGUCUAAAAUUUAAAUUUUCACGGUACAUUUCUAUUUUAUUAUUAUUUUUAUCGCGUAUCACUAGAAUCACCGUUGUUUAUAUUAUUAUUAUUAUAGAAUACUAUUAACGUUUCGAUUUUCGUUUUUGUCCGCAGGCAGAGGACACCACAAGAAGAAGAAGAUCCAAAAGGAAAUCAAAAAAUUCGUCUUGAAGAUUUUAUUCGGUGUCUACUUGAUCCAUCAAAAAAUCAAGAUGAUCCUCAUGUCCAUCCAAUCGAUACUGAUGAGCAAGUUCUUGAUCGUGGCCAUGAUCUACGCGCUGUCCAACACAUUCAAGAUUUGGUACGACAUCAAGAAGAGCAAGCACCACCAUCACGACAAGGUCGUGUACUACGAGAACGCACACCACCAGCACCAUUACGAGCCGCCAGAGCACACCGAAGAGGACGAACACCACCACGGCUGGGGCAGUGACUGGGGCAGGAGCAUCACCGUUGAACCGUCCGUGAUCGAAAACAGACCGAACGGCCCGCAAUCACCCGGAGACAUCAGCCGAUUCAUCAGACGCGUCUCGAGGACGGCCAUCAAAGAGCCGGCGGACGCACAGACCAUGGCUUUUGGCGCCCAGCGCCCGGCACGGUCGGCUUAAGCCGGUAAACCGUUACCUCACGCCAUCGUUCGCCCUGCCCCCUCCCUCCCCUCGUUAUGACCCGAAAAUUAUUUGGGCAUUUUUUUUUGUUUCCAUUCGCCAUCAUUUUUGUACAGCUGUCACAGCAUCCACAUCAUACAAUUAUUAUUCGUUCACGCUGAGUUAACAAAUAUAUAAUAUACAUUUAUACAUAUAUGAGGAGCAACAAAUUAUAAUCUAAAAGAAAAAAAUCAAAAUAAAAAACCAAAAAAAAAAAAACAACAACAUAUUAUAAUAUUAUGUACACCGAGUCGUAUUAAUUAUCAACGUCGUUAUCGAUAUACGAACUCGCGUGCACAUUGCAUCCUUAUUUAUUUAUUUAUUUAUUUCAAAAUCAUAAUUUAUUAUAACUGUUUAUAAUAAAUAAUAGAUAUAUCAUAUUAUCAUUAACAAAAUAUAGUAUUUUUAGGCUUUGUAGUUUGACUACUCGUAAUAGUCUGGUCAGUUACUAUUUUUUAUUUUUAUUUAUUUAUUUAUUUUUUUUUUUUGUAUAAUUAUAAUAAUAAUAAUUUUCACGUUUAGUAAUUAUAAAUAAUAUUAUAUUAUAUAUAUAUAUAUAUAUAUAUAUAUAUAUAUAGUAGUUAGACGACUACUAUAUUUGAGACUUUCUUGUUCUAUUUAAUUUAUACAUAUAUUAUUGAAACUUAAUCGAUGUCCUUUAUCGCGUGUGCCUACAUUUUAUCAUAAUAAUAUUAUGUAACGAGCACGUUAACACUAUUAUACUAUAAACUAGUAAUAUUAUUACACUAUGUCAAUGUUAUAAACUCUGCCUAAAAAAUUGCUCAAUAUUAUCGCUUCUUAUCGGUCCACUGUAACGGCAUUGCAUUUACAAUUAUUGUUUCGAUCAAAAUGUAUUAGCGUGCGAUAAUAUCGGUACAAUAAUAAUAAUAAUAUAUUGCACCGGGAAUAUAAUAUUAUAAUAUCGUUUGGCCUAGACGGAAACAAAUUGUUAUUAUUGUAUACACUAACAAAAUAACGGCGACACUGUACAUCCGAUUA